AUGACUGAGAACUUCAAGGACAGGCAAUUCAUCCGUCGUCAGAUGCUCGACGCCAAUCAAGUGCAAAAGCUAGCGUUAACUCUUCAUCGUCCAAGCCUCAGCGGUAUCGAUAUCCAGGCCAAGACCCCUCCAGACGGCACGCCUCUGCCUCCAGGUUACCAUUUGGUGUAUUUCACCCCGGGAGGUCUAGAGUCAGAACUUGGCGCAGAUGGCACUGACGCCUCAUUCAAUGCCCCAUUCCCCUUCACUCGUCGUAUGUGGGCUGGCGGCAAAAUAGAAUGGGCGCCAUCCUCUUCAUUCUCAUCAUUGGCCGGCCCCGAGCUUCGGGUGGGAGAUGAGGUUGAGGAGGUUACAGCUCUUAUCAGCGCUGUGCCCAGGAAGAGUCGCUCAGCGGGCGAGAUGGUUCUCGUUGAGGUCAAAAAAGAAUAUCACGGCCCUAGAGGGCUGGCGUUGACGGACCUUCGGUCGUGGAUCUUUAGACCAGAGAUUAAACCACUCAGUGAAAAUUCAGAUAUCAAGAUGCUGGCCGAUGCCGACCUGAGGCAGCCAGCGCUUGUGAGAGAUCAAGUCGCCGGAGAUGGUAUGUGA